CGGGAGAUGCGGGAGAUGCGGGAGAUGCGGGUCCGGUUUCCGCGCACGGCCCUGGCCCUGGCAGCCCUGGCAGCCCUGGCCGCUCCAGCAGCCGCUCCAGCAGCCGCUCCAGCAGCCGCUCCCUGGCCGCUCCGCAGCCCCACCCUCUUCAUUCUGCCCGACUCCCUCAGGGUAUUUUUAGCGCAGAUGAUGCGCCCCGUCAAAUCACGUAACGGAAACAUCAAAGCAGGAGGACGGAGCUGCGGAGAGGCGGAUUUCCACGGCGAUCAGAACCACAGUAAAACAGAGAGGAGAUGAAAUCUGACGUUUGUGUGCGGUUUUGCGUGAUGCUGGCGCUCAUCGGACCGUCGCUACAGCAGGCCGGAGGUCAGAGCCAUGCCCCCGCCCCUGCCCCUGCCGUCACCUCAUCCACGCUCCCGGGUCAUACCGACACAUCGGCCUCUCCUGACGUGACGGAUGACCCCAGGAGCGAUCUCCCUCAGCCCACGAGGAAUCCUGCCGGCGUCACUGAGACAGCCGGGCCCACCACGGCCCCCCAGACGGAUGCAGCGGCCCACACGGAGGUUUCCACACACUCAGGACUCCAAACUCAGCCGUUCACCUCCCUCCCUACGACAGCUGCACAUCAACCCACAGCUGUCGCCAACGGCACGGCUUUUCCCUCAACUGCUGCAGACAGACCUGGGUCCAGGGUGAGCCCCCCCCCUCAGACCUCCACUACAGAGGGCAGAGUGAGCAGUCAGCCCCUCGCCACCUUUUCAUCUCAGACUGCCAACACCACGCAGGAUGCCGUCUCCACGGCAACACAGCCGCGGCCUGAACCAACAUCUACAGCCACCAGGACGGACAGCAGCCGCCCCCAGACCCCCCCAGCUUCAGUUCAGGCCCCUGCGGUGCCCACACACCGGGACCUUCCAUCUGAACUUAACGUUGGAGAUGAAGACCUGAAGGGGUCCCGCCAUCACUCCUCCUCCCCUCUGGACCCCCUGCUGGCUGCUCUGCUGUCCGUGUUCAUCGUCACCACCGCCAUCAUCUUCAUCAUCCUCUUCCUCAAGUUCCGCCAGCGCACAAACCAUCCCGAGUUCCACCGGCUGCAGGAUCUUCCCAUGGAUGACCUGAUGGAGGACACCCCCCUCUCCAGGUACACCUACUGACUGAAGCUGCUGCUCUCCAUCACCUCCACCACCUCCACCACCUACUCAGAGAACACACACCAAUCAAGCACCAAAACAGCAGUAUUGAGGAACCUUUUUUGCCCAGAAAGUGGUUUGCAUUCGCCGCUGUGAGUGAGUUCAGGGUCUGAAAUAAAUGUUUGUAGAUUUAUUUAUUUAUUUAUGAUGUGAAUUUUUGUAAAUGCGAGGUUUCAGACUCACUUCAGCAUUCUUCCACAUUCCCUUGAUAGUUCUGGAGACCUGUCUUUGUUCUCUCCUGGGGGAUUAAAGGCACCUCUGCAGGAUGACUGAUGACUCAUGUAUGCACAGCACUUUUAUAAUGUGGCACAAAUGGUCACACUGCCCCCUAGGGGACAUGUGGGGGGACGUGGGUGAGAUGAGUCCACCAUGACCUGCAGUAGGAGACUCACCACAAGCCUGAAAACACGUCCAAAAUCAUUAAUGAACAUCAACUUUGAUCAUGCAGGUGACCAAAUAGUAGUGAAGUGCACUUUAGAAACAAACUGCUGCCUUAAAAGUUGCAGGUCUUACAGAAACUCAACACGGAAAUUUAAAGGCGCUACGGAGCCAUACACUGCAAAAACUCAGAAUCUUACCUAGAAUAUUUGUCUUAUUUCUAGGUAAAAUGUCUCAUUUUUAAUCAAACAAAUCUC